AUGUGGCUGCUGUUGGUGGCCCUGGGCCUGGCCCAGGAGCUGGCUGAUGCCACUCCACGAGGAGGACUGGGCCAUGAAAACCCCAAGCAAUUCAUGAACAUCGUAAGUGAGAUCCACUUCCAAGGGUACCCCAGUGAGGAGUAUGAUGUGCUGACUGACGAUGGCUAUUUCCUCAGUGUGAACCGGAUUCCCCAUAGCAGAGGCAACACUGGGGACUCAGAUGAGGUUGGAUCCAGGUCACCUGUGCUGAUAGUGCAUGGGUUCAGUUUAGAUGGUGGUGACUGGGUGGACAAUCUCCCUGAUAGCACCCUGGGCUUCAUCCUGGUGAACGCAGGGUAUGACAUAUGGAUUGGAAACUGCCAGGGCAACAGCUGGUCCCAGCAUCACCUGAACCUCUCUGUAGACCAGGAGGAGUUUUGGGACUUCAGCUUCCAUGAGAUGGCCAUGUAUGAUGUCCCAGCCGUGGUGGCCUUCAUCCUGCAGCACAACAGGCAGGAGAAGCUAGUCUACAUUGGCCAUGCUCAGGGCAACUCUCUGGGCUUCGUAGCAUUUUAGAGCAUGCCACACUUGGCUGAGAAAAUCAACCUGUUCUUUGCUUUGGCUCCUCUUUACACCUUUCAUCAUGUUAAAGGCCCUGUGUUAAAGAUUGCGUAUUUACCAGAUGCACUGUUGAAGACAAUAUUUGGAACAAAACAACUGACCCAGGUGGGAAGGAAAGAGAGAGCCAUUCUUGCUAAGACAUGCAGCAAUAUGCUAACAGCUGAAGUUUGUGAAGAUGAGAUCUUCCUUAUUGGUGGAUACAACAAGAAGAACUUGAAUGCAAAUCGACUGGAUGUAUACCUAGCUCAUUUUCCAGACUAUACAUCAGUAUACACUCUUCUCCACUGGGGACAGGUAGAUAAUCUGAUUUUAUAA